AAAGUCUUUGUGAGUUAAUGAGUUUGAAGAUGGCGGCAAAUAAAUCUCCUGUUCAAAAACAGAAGGAAUUGAGUUUACCUAUUUCACGUAUCAAAACUAUUAUGAAAAGUUCUCCAGAUGUCGAAAAUAUUAGCCAGGAUUCUCUGCACCUAGUGGCGAAAGCAACGGAAUUGUUUAUUCAAUAUGUCACACAAAAAGCAUUUGAGGAAGGUGGCUGUACAAAAGAUUUGCAAUACAGUCACAUAGCGGAAAUUGUGGAAAAGAAUGAUAAUUUGCUUUUCCUGAAAGAAAUUGUACCAAAGAAAAUAACGUACAGGGAAUACAAGGAACUACUCAAGAAAAAGAAACAGAACUUCAACUCUGAUGAUGAAUUUGAGAAUGUGGAAGAAAGUGAGAGCUCGCAAAACAGAACAGCAGUUUUUAGUUGAAUUGAAAACUUAAGUAUGCAUUUGCAUGAGUGAAAACUGUGAUCAUUAUGAAAAAAGACAUUGUAUAUUACGCAUCUAAAAAGUGUGUGAUAAAUACAGUGCAGUACAAGGAAGGAAGUGUCAGUAAGAGAAGCAAUUUGUUAAGCAAGAGACUUAACUUGUUUACUUGUGGACUGAAAGAAGAAGAAAAAAAAAUUUUUUUUUUUAGUGGUGUGAAACAUUCAUAUACCUACAUUUUCAGGUGCUUGGAAGAGAAUGCUUGUAGUUGGAAAGAUGUGUAGACUAGAAAGAGAAAUAAAUAUAUAAACAGUAGGACAAAAGUUCAGAAAAAAUCAAGAGAGAUUAUUACAGUAAUGAUAGGCAUUGUAGUACAGUGCAGGCAAUAUAAUUUUUCUUGCAGCAACUUCCAGCAACAGUAAUGUAAUUUAAAAAUGUGUGACACAGAGCUGUAUUAAUAUAUUUUUAUUUUCAGUAAGGACAUUGGUGAUAUACCAUCUUUUCGGUGUGAAAAAAAGGCUAAUUUGACUUAACAUGAAAUCUCAUAUUAACUGUAAAUUCUUAAUAACUGUGCAUCUUAGCAAGGCAGUAAAUGCUACAACACAGAAUAAGCAAUGACCCAAUAGAUAGCAAGCGUAUGGGUCUUUGCUUAUAAGACAAGAGAUUCAGCAAUGGACAAUUUAAAUCAGUCUACUGUAUUUGGGGUACAAUAUAGUGAUAUGCUGUGACUAGAUAAUGAAGAAAUUCAUUCUGUUACUUUUAAAGGACUUGACCUUAAUCAGGUUGAGAUGUUCAUGGUAACAUUGAUUGUAUUAAGAUGAUGGUGAGGUAAGUAUAGAUCAGUUGUUACAUAUGGAGGGAUUAGCAAAGUCAGAAAUUUUUUAUGUAAUUAGUGUGAAUGAGUGGUGAAACAUUCCAGACAGUGAAGUGUGUGUCACUUUUGCUGGAGUGAUAUUUUGGUACAGGUGUUGAGGAAAAUUGCUUGUUAAAACAAGCAGACUUGAAAUAUGAAGAAAUAAAACUUCAUUACUUGUGCGUGAAAGAAAAUUCAUGUGGUUUGUCUUCAUUUUUUUAACUUUUUGACCAUUAGGUCAGAACUGAAGAUUUGUUCUAUUGUUUUGACAAUUUUGACUUCUUAUUGUUGAUAAUGUGACCCUUUCCUUUUAACUAUUCCUCUGUGGAUUUUAAACUUGUGCCUUGCCUUUUCCACACUUGCACUUGAUAAUCAUUAAUUUCUUUAAAUGGUCACAUUUCUUGUUAAAGGUUUUGUAGUUAAAAUGGAUAUUUUUGUGUGUAUUAUGUAUUUUGUGGCAUGUAAAUUAUUAUUUUUUUCCCUUAUCUGAAAGGCACUGUACCUCAGAUUCAUUGUUAUAAGUUUAUUAAUGCUUGAAACAAGAAUAAAUAUCUCUCUAUUGUUCUUUGGCUCUCUUCUGUUAACAUUUCUGUCAUAUCUAUAAUUGAUCAAAACAUUUUUGCAGUGUAAUGUUUUUAUUGGUGAUAGGCUGAGUCAGUUUCCAUAGAAGUGCUACAUUUCAAAGGAGGAAAAUAUAUUAUAUAUGCCUGUGGAAAUAAGUAUCUGUUAUAGUUAAAUCAUGGUUAACUCUUUGUGAUAAGACUUAAGAGCUUCUACAAAUGAGAAUAUUUUUUGUUUAUUAUACUUGUCUUUAACCGCCUUCAUAAAUUGUGCAGUAUUAAAAUUUGACCAGUUAGUUAAUUUGUGUUGUGUGAAAAUGAGAGACAGUGUCAAAAUGCUAAUCUAAUCAUAAAAAUAAUAAAUCAAAAUAUGUCUAAUAAAAACACAUCUGCACUAGUGACUUGCCUUUUGCAUCUUUU